CUAUAUUUGUCAAAGUUGUCAUUUCCAUGUUUUGUUUGCUAUUUGAGGUUAUGUUUUGGUCAUGUUUAUAAAGUUGCAGUAAUUAUUUUUAAAUAAAAUGGGUUUAACAAAACAAUACCUUCGAUACGCUCCAAGUGGAACGUUUAAUAUUAUAGCUAGCGGUGAUUGCAAUAGUGUACAUGUCAGCCUCAACGGUAUCAGUGGGCGAUACAUCGCUACUGGUGCAUGCGAGCAUGUUAUUAUUUGGGAUAUGAGACUCGGUGAAAAGGCACAAGUGCUGCCUGGGGAAAGUAUUCUAGUGUCACAGAUAGCAGCCAGUCCGUCAGGACACCACAUAGCAGUCGGCUAUGUGGAUGGCAACAUCAAUGUGUUUGAGCUGACCAACAAUGAGAUAGUGUGUGUCUUCUCCGGACACAAGUCUGCUGUUACAUGCUUGCAGUAUGAUGAGCAGGGAACCCGUCUUGUCUCUGGAGCUAAGGACACAGAAGUAAUCCUAUGGGAUGUGGUGUCAGAGACUGGUGUAGCACGGUUCAGUGGUCACAAGGGAGUCAUCACCAGCGUGCUAUUCAUCAACAGCAGAAAUGUAGUUGUCAGCGCCUCAAAGGAUUCCUUCGUUAAGUUCUGGGACAUUGAAACCAAACAUUGCUUCAAAACUUUGGGUGGACAUCAGGCAGAGGUCUGGUCAGCAGUACUUCUAAAGGAUGAGCGCUACCUGGUGACGGGCACAGUGGACCAGGAGCUGCGGGUGUGGAAGCUGCGGUGGACCGACCAGGACAAGGAAGAGGAGAAGGUUGCAAGGCAGCUCGAGAUCGUCAAGUUAGAGGAGACUGAAAAUGUUGAGGAUAGCUCUGUGCUCCAAUGCCACGAAGCCGGCCGCCUCAUGCGCGGCGGGCGCGGGCGCGUGGCCGGGCUCGCCACGGACGCGGGGCAGCGCGUGCUCGCGUGCUACGGUACUGACGCACUGCUUGAGCUGUUUGUGUUCUGUCCCGAUGAGGAGGCCAAUGCCAGGAUGGAUAAAAGGGUUAAGAAGAUGAGGAAGAAGUUGCAAAAACAAAUAGCGAGCGGCGAAGUGGACCCAGAAACAUCGUCAGUGCCUCAACUACUGACACUAUCGGACGAGGUGCGCCGACUCGCGUCAGUGAAACUCGAGUCAAAGAUCAAGUCCGCCUGUUUGCUGCUCGGGAUGACGGGAGAGUUGAGGGCGGGGGUUACUCUGGCGAGUAAUACUGUGGAAAUGCAUAGUCUGGCGAUUGAGGGGGAGUGCGAAGUGAAAUGCCUGAAGCAGAUCCGUCUGCCGGGGCACGCGAAGGAGCCGCGCUGCGUGGCCGUCAGCUCCGACAACCUCGCCGUGCUGUCCGCCGCUGCAGACACCAUCAAACUGUGGAACCGCCCCAACCAGACCUGUCUCCGCACGAUCCCCACCCCGUGCGGGCGGCCCUCCGCCUGUUGCUUCGCGCCCGGCGACCGCCACGCCCUGGUCGCCUGUGUGGACGGAAACCUACUCAUAGUGGACGUGGCCUCGGGGACUAUUCUGGAACAAGUGCCCGCGCAUUCGGGCGAGUGUAAUACUGUCGGGUUGACGCCUGAUUUGCGAGGGUGUUAUACAGGCGGCGCCGACAAGACAGUUAAACUGUGGCAAUUCGAAUUGAUAUCAGACCCGAUCGGCGAAUCCAAAGCUAAAGUACUUUCAUUAUUACACACGAGGACACUCGAAUUAGAAGAAACAGUAAUGGCUGUAAAAAUAAGUCCCAACAGCAAAUUCAUAGCAGUCGCUCUGUUAGAUGCCACUGUUAAAAUAUUCUUCUUAGACACUUUUAAGUUUUACCUAUCACUCUACGGACACAAGUUGCCAGUGCUAUGUCUAGAUAUUAGCUACGACUCAAACAUUAUUGCCACUGGUUCUGCGGACAGAAACGUGAAGAUCUGGGGCAUGGAUUUCGGCGACUGUCACAAGUCGAUAUUCGCGCACAACGACAGCGUGACUGGACUGCAGUUCGCACCUGGAACACACUACUUCUUCACUAGUUCUAAGGACGGCAAGAUUAAACAGUGGGACGCGGAUACUUAUGAUAAUAUAAUCACUUUGAAUGGUCACGCGGACGAGGCGUGGGGCGUGGCGGCGGGCGCGGGCGGGCUGCACGUGGCGUCGUGCGGCGCCGACCGCGCGCUGCGCCUGCACUCGCGCACCGACGAGCCGCUGGUGCUGGGGGACGAGCCAGACGACGCACUGGCCACGGGGGACAAGGCUCCUGUUCCUGGGCUACCGAACAUCAACAUGCCGUCGAAGAAAACUGUAGGGGCUGAGAAAGCGGCGGACUCAAUAAUGGAAUGCCUGGAGGUGGGUGCAGAGUACCGCAAGGAACUAGCCGAGGCUCGCGGGCAGACGGUGGCGCCGCCGCUGCUGAUGGCCGCCUUCGGAGCCGCCUCGCCCGAGGACUUCCUCAUGGAGACUGUUAAGAGGAUCCGCUCCAGCGACUUAGAAGAAGCGCUAAUCCUGCUGCCAUUCAAGUCAGCGUGUGACGUCGUCAAAAUGCUGCCAGCGCUACUGGACCGUGGCGAUAACACCGAGCUUCUCUGUCGGCUGGCGAUAUUCCUCCUGAAGGUCCACCACGCCUCGCUGGUGGCUAAUGAUGGGCUACUCAAGUACAUGAUACAGAUACAGGCCAAGGCGUCUAUGAGGCUUAAUGAACUUAGGGACACGGUGGGCGACAACAUGGCGGCGCUGGGCUGGCUGGGCCGCGCGGCGGAGGCGGCCGAGCGGGAACAGCUGUUCGCGGAGGCGGGCGUGCGACACAAGCAGCGCCGGCGCCGGCAGCCCGCCAAGCGGCCCAUUGUCACUGUCACUUAGUAUGUGCUUGUUGUUGUAAUAUAGAUAUGACUUUA